CCUAACCAACCCAACAGAUCAGUUCCGGCAAGCCUCGAGGCUCCCGUGGUUUAUGGUCACUGACUUCAGCCAGGGAGCACGGAAGUUGCUGCCGCUGUGCAACUUGGGUUUUUUUUUUUUAUCCUGCAGUUUUUAGCUCAGCAGAACUGCACACCCGGGACUCUCCCCAGCUCUUCGUGUGUGGCUCUCUCAGGAUCCCACAAGAGCAAGCUGUGGGUCUGUGAGUGUUUAUGCGUGCUUUUAUUCACUUCACACUUAUUGAAAAGUGUGUAUGUGAGAGGGUAGCAUGUGUGUCAGAGAACGAGAGACUAGUUGAUUCUGUGACCUCAACUUCAGUAUCCCUCAGCUGGUAGCUUUUUGGAGCCAGGUGAUCACUUGGGGUGCAUAGCUCAGAGAUGCAGUCCCCCUGGAAAGUCUUUAUGGUGGCGCCUCUAUUCUUUCUUCCGCCCCUUCAGUCCUUGGCUUCUCCACUCUACGAGGACCAGUCCAGGCUCAGCGACUCCAAUGGCCACACCUGUGUAGGGUGUGUGCUGGUGGUGUCUGUGAUUGAACAGCUCGCUCAAGUUCACAACUCGACGGUCCAGGGCGCGAUGGAGAGACUGUGCAGCUACCUGCCUGAAAAACUGUUCUUGAAAACCACCUGCUAUUUAAUCAUUGACAAGUUUGGAUCAGAUAUCAUAAAACUGCUUAGCGCAGAUAUGAAUGCUGAUGUGGUAUGUCACACUCUGGAGUUUUGUAAACAGAACAUUGGCCAACCAUUGUGUCAGCUCUAUCCUCUUCCCAAGGCGGCAUGGGAAUUUACACUAGAGAAGGCAAGACAAAUUGUCAAGAAGCCCCCGAUUCUGAAAUACUCUAGAAGUGGUUCUGACAUUUGUUCACUCCCGUUUUUGGCCAAGAUCUGCCAGAAAAUUAAAUUAGCUAUAGAACGGUCUGUGCCAUUCAAAGACGUAGAUUCAGACAAAUACAGCAUUUUCCCAACGCUGCGGGGCUAUCACUGGCGAGGGAGAGAUUGUAAUGACAGCGACGAGUCAGUGUACCCAGGCAGAAGGCCAAACAACUGGGAUGUCCAUCAGGAUUCAAAUUGUAAUGGCAUUUGGGGUGUUGAUCCAAAAGAUGGAGUUCCAUAUGAGAAGAAAUUCUGUGAAGGUUCACAGCCCAGGGGAAUCAUUUUGCUGGGAGACUCAGCUGGGGCUCAUUUUCACAUCUCUCCUGAAUGGAUCACAGCGUCACAGAUGUCUUUGAACUCCUUCAUCAGUCUACCAACAGCUCUUACUGAUGAGCUCGACUGGCCCCAGCUCUCUGGUGCUACAGGAUUUCUGGACUCCACUGUUGGAAUUAAAGAAAAAUCUAUUUACCUUCGCUUAUGGAAAAGAAACCACUGUAAUCACAGGGACUACCAGAAUAUUGCAAGAAAUGGUGCAUCUUCCCAAAACCUGAAGACAUUUAUAGAAAGCUUGUCUAGACACACAAUGUUGGACCAUCCUGCCAUCGUUAUAUAUGCCAUGAUUGGAAAUGAUGUCUGCAAUGGGAAGCGCGACACAGUCCCAGCCAUGACCACUCCUGAGAAAUUCUACUCCAACGUCAUGCAGACUCUGAAGUAUCUAAAUUCCCACCUACCCAAGGGCAGCCAUGUUAUUUUUUAUGGCUUACCAGAUGGAACCUUUCUCUGGGAUAAUUUGCACAACAGAUAUCAUCCUCUCGGCCAGCUAAAUAAAGACGUGACCUAUGCGCAGCUGUACUCUUUCCUGAACUGCCUCCAGGUCAGCCCCUGCCACGGCUGGAUGUCUUCCAACAAGACGUUGCGGACUCUCACUUCAGAGAGAGCAGAGCAACUCUCCAACACACUGAAAAAAAUUGCAGCCAAAGAGAAAUUUACAAACUUCAAUCUUUUCUACAUGGAAUUUGCCUUCCAUGAAACAUCUGUACAGCAUAAGUUGAAACCCAACUAGAAAUAAAGGGAAAAGGGACAAAAUGUUCAUCAAGAACUUUGGUGAAGCAAAAAGGAACACAAGUAGGAUGGAGAUGAUGUCACCUCUGAAGUCAUGGAGGGGACUAGGAGGCUGACAUCUCACCUGGCCUGGCCUUUCUGCAUCAUUGCCGAUUUUUGAGAGACUCCUGUGGGACUGCAAGGAGAGAUGAGACAAAGAUCAUAAAAGGACAAAGAGAACUGAGAGGGCUCAGUGGUGAUGAUCCUGACUCUGCAUUUGAAGAAAUCUUUCCAGAUGCCUGGUUCUCCAUUAAGGGCAAUUUGUUGGAUGUUCAGAUUGGAGGUAGCUUGGACAGAGAAUCAGCAUAGAGUUAGAAAAUAGAAAAUCAGGACCCAAAAAGGAGAAAUUGGCCCAUUCUCCUGGAUAACAGGGAGAACAAAGAGCCCAAAAGAAGCAUCAGGGAAUGGCAGGGGAUGGGCUGGACAGCAUCCCUGACCCGGCAAAGCCAGCAUCGCAGCCAGGAGGGCAGUCUGGAACCCCACAGGGGGUCAAGUCCCGAAGGAAAGAUGAGGCAGCUAGGACUGAACCUCAAGCAGAAGGUUGGAUUCCAAGGUCAUGCCUAAAAAAAACAGGCAAAACAGUCCAGGCAAACUGAAGACUGAGCCAGGCAAGCUUCUCCAAAACUGUGCCUUUACAAGACAUUAUGGCCAAGGGCAAGAAAGAAAUUGUUGAAAGCUGCAUGCUGACUUGGCAGAACAAAUAAACUUUCAUGAGAGUGAAUGCUGUUUAAGCAUCAGUGCAGAUCUGCCUACCAUUUCUUUAGAGAGAAGUGUUAUUUACCAACAUGCUGCUACUUCUCCCUUGAGACUCUGUGUGGCAGACAGCACGUGACACAGUGGACCGUGUCCUCAGUUUGAGUUUUCAAGAAAUGCAAAGGCAACUUAUCAAUAGCUGCUUCUUCUAAAAGCCUCCAGUAAAAGCCGGAAGCAUAAUAUGAAACCGUGGCUCAGGGGCGGUCAUUCUACCAGAGAGUCAGCUAGCAGGGACCCCAAUUCAGUGUGUAGGACUCCAAACCAUUAGCAUGAACUUUUUUUCCUGGGCUUUGAGAAGGGCAGCGUUAUCUUCAGCACUCCCACCCCACCCACCUCCAGGGAACUGGGAUUGGGUAGUAAGUGGGGAUGGCAUACUGGGAUAUUAGGACUAAUUGCAAAAGCAGCCUUGUAUUGACUCAGCCUGGGGAAGUCCAGCCCCUCUUGUCCAAUCAAAGCCCCCGACAGAAUCUCCAUCCUUCCUUUGGGAUAAGAAAGGGAGAUUCAGAGGGCACAGACCUGUGUUCUUGAGUUUUCUGGGGAAUGAAGAGUAAAGAAGAGGAGGAAUCUUAGCUGUGCCUGACCCCAUCACUGGACGCUGGGGAAGUGAGGGCGUAACUUUACCGGGAGCAGCUAGCUCAGAUGCUGCUCUCUGGAGGCUCCCUAGGGGUCUGAAGUUUCCUUGAGGAGUUCUUACUGACUGUAUGAUGGAAUGACGUCGAGUUAAUCGUGCUGUUGCCUUGCAGCAACUGACAUUCUUGGUCUCUCACCCCGGUUGAAGGACAGUUUUAUUGCUUUUCAUCACUUUGGGGCUCAUAAUAUUUUCUCUGCAGCCAUAUUCCCUCUAAAUGUGGCGAUGAGAUAAUUUUAUGUAAUUAUAUUCCUGAUGUACUGUAUGAUUUUGAAAGGCAAGUGCUUGACACAUGCAGGCAGAGUCUGCAAAUGGCAACCCAUGAAAGGGGAUGUUCACAAAAUGUUGGCUUUUCCCCUCCUGUAAUACCAUCCUACCACACCACUGAAAAAUGGCAUGUACUGAAAUCGGUGUUGAAUAUUUUAGAGCUCACCUUUUCCCACUGCCCUCCCUGCUACACAAACCACAUUCAUCUAACACUCUCACGUAUUCUCUUCCUGAGUUAGAAAAAGGCGCACACACACACACACACACACACACACACACAAAUAGGAAGGUCCUUUCUGUUCAGAAAGCCCCCAGUGCAAGAGAGCAGCUCAGGGGCAGCCGUGGCUGGGUCAACAUGGGCCUGUGAGGGCCUGGGCAGCUCUCACAUCCUUUCCCUUGGAUGUUGGCUGUUGCUUGUGCAAGUGUGUCUGUAACCCUCUGGUUC